GGUAUGCGCAGUAACGAAAGAAAAAGAUGGAUCUAUUUAUCUGUCCUUUUUACGUAAAACGACGCGCACGAGACCAUCGAUUAGGAACGCAAGCUAGAUAAGAAAGCCCGUCCGCUCCCGCGCGAGCGCUGGAUUCGUGCCUGAAGACAUCGCCAUGCCUUUUACUGGACAGCGGCGGGUGCACCGUUUCCGCGACCACCCCGUCGCUGGCGUCAACUGGCGACCGACGCGGUUCGUCGACGAGGUUCCGGAUUCGCGUGUGUGCGGCCUCUGCCGCAUGAUACCGAAACGGGCGGUGCUGCUGCCGUGCUGGCACGUUCUGUGCCAGUCCUGCCAGGAAGCCUGUUCCCAAGGGAACACUGGGCAGUGUCCCUUCGACCAAGAGCCAUUCCAGGAAGCGGAAUGCUUUGGUGCCGACUUCCCUGCCAGGGAAGCUAACAGCCUGAAGGUUUACUGCUGGAACGACGUGCACGGCUGCGAGUUCGUGGGCACCGUGGAACGUGUCCUUCGGCACUACGAGUACGAGUGCACUUUCCACACCGUCGAAUGUUUGCGGUGUGGCGAGGGAGUCCUGCACAAAGAUCUGCCAACGCACAACGCGGCCGGAUGCAGUGCCGGUGCUUCUUCAGCACCCACGGAGAAGUCGUUCUCGGAGUCUACGGCACUGGCACUUCACGGCGUGAACAGCGCACUGGAGGAUCUGAAGUCGCAUUUGGCAGACCCGAGCCGGGACCAGCUUCUGUCAGCAAUCCAGAUCCAGAUGAAUGAGCUCAUGGAAUACGCCAGGAGUCAGGAGACCAGGUGGGCUGAGAUAAGUCGACAGCUCGGAACAUCCGAGCAGAACGUAAAGGGCGACAUGGUACCAGUGGCGGCCACCAAUUCCUCGACAGUGUCCCACCAGCUGCCUUCUGGUCGACAUCCACUGGAGGAGGCCAGCGAGUCGUCGUCGCUGUCGUUGCUCUCGGAGGCGGCGCUGAUACUUCGAAAGUUGGAACACUUCGCCAACCUGUCAUUCGAAGCUCCGAAAGAUUUGUGGGACACUUUCCAACAGGGUGGUCGCCACGGCAUCAUUGUUCACUACAAGCCUUACGACGUUAGCGUUCGGAAUUUAACCAGCGUAGUGUUGUCAACGCGGAGCUUCAUUGAACAGUAUCAGCGCGUGAUUCAUACCUUGACCCUUGAAAACUGUGACCCGGUUCUUCUUUGCAAACUGGGCCUGGAAACGUUCGCUCAAGUUACGGUGCUGCACAUGAGGGACACGUACUUCACAGUUGCCGUCUCCAGGGAAUAUAUUGAUAAGACUUUUUAUAUCACUGUGAAUAUUGAGUUCUACGGGCUGCUGUCUGGCUCCCGGUGUUUACCACCUGCAUGGCGUGUGGAAGUAGCAAGUGAGGACGGAUGUGAUGUAACUUCAUUGUCUUCCUAUGACACGCCUUGUAAAUGUAUACUCGAUAAAGACUCGUUGCUACAUUUUCACCGCGGAUUUAAGAUAUCAUGUGAUUACUUGAAGAAACAGCGCUUCAGCAAAGCCGAUGUAAUGUUGUUUAAUAUAGAGCUCUUCCAUGAAGAAAGCGAGCAGUCGGGACCUUCCAGCGCCUAAUGUUCAUAACUACUGAUCCAGUAUCGCACGACUAUAUCCUCCUCUCAGUUUACCAUAUACGUGUGAUGUCGGCAAAGUUUCGGUGGGUGUUCUGCAAUCCUAAAUUAGUGCAUGCAUGCACGAAAUAUGUGUUAUACUAAAAUGUAUUAGCAAUACGCAAUUAUCAAUUGUCUAUUGGCAAUUAUUAGCAAUUAGGUACUAUACUGCAUCCAAAUUAGAUUAUGGAAGCUGCAAUAAUGAAUAGUGAUGAUUAUCAGUGCGUGAGGCCAGAAAUAAUUUAAAAGAAAUGAUAAAUAUACUUUAAAUAAAUUUGCUUGAUGUCAGCUGGUGACAAGCGCUUAGUAACGCACACGUGUUAGUGCGAUGAAGUGAUUACUUACGUUAUCUUUUUGUCUUUUCAGUUUGUUUGUUUUUGUCUGUGCUUCUGUAUCUAUUCAGGACACCUGGCAAUAAACGUUAAUUGGAAGUUAG